AGUGGUCUUAAAUUUAAACAGCCAUCACAGCAACAAUAAGCGCGGACUUUCACUUUGCGGGCGGUCUGAUGAACCAACAAUUUACGAAAAAAUAAGCUCAACUGUUACACGGGAUUUCUUUAAGAUACAACCCUAACAGAAGCAGUCCAAGCUGACGGCAGCAGGAUGGAAGAAGAGAUAAGGACGACUGAGUCGGAACAAGCAGACGUGGUGAGCAAUGAGGCGGAGCCCAGUGCAGAAGUGCCCAACAACAGUCCCGUUAAAAGAGGAAGGGGGAGGCCAGCAAGCGCAAAGAAAGCGAAGGGGACAGACGAGCCGGUUUCCAACGGUGGGUCCACAGAUCCUCCGAGGAGAAGAGGGCGUCCAAAGCUCCAAAAGAACACUGAGGAGCAGGGAUCAGGAGAGGACGACGCUGCGCAGGAGUCGAAGGAACAGGCCAGUGAUGAAGACGGUCAGACAACAGACCAGUCUCCGAAGAAAAGAGGCAGGCCAAGAAAGUCUGAAGCUAAAGACUUACCUAACGGUGGCGCCGAUGCACCAAAAGGGAAAAGGGGUCGUCCAAAAGGAUCCACGAAGCGCAAGUUAGAAAGUUCAGAGGAUGACGGCAGUUCGGCAACACCUCAGAAACGAAGACGCUCUGUCAAUAAGGUGGAGGGCAGCAGCGAGGGGGAAAAUGGAACCCUAGUCUCAGGAAAAAAGAAGAGAGGUCGUCCCAGGAAGGUGCAGGAUGAGAACGGUAUCUCGAAGCCUCGUAGAGGGAGGGGAAGGCCAAGAAAAAUUGUAGCGGAGGGGGAUGGCGCCCAGGUAGUUAAGAGGGGAAGAGGCCGCCCCAAAGGCUCCUCAAACAAGAAACCCCGUGCAUUAAAGCUGCACGUUAAGUUGGGCCGGCCUAAGAGAAGCAAGCCUGGAAAAGGGAAACGUGGUCGACCAAGACUUCAACCAGCCAAAAGAGGAAGACCCAGGAAGCACCCUCUGCCGUCACCCGAGGAGCUGAAAAAGCCACGAGUAUGGAAGCCGCUGGGAAGGCCGAGGAAAUACCCACGCCCUGAUCCACCAGAGGGCGUUCCAGAUGCCCCUCGCAGAAGCCGCGGUCGCCCUCGCAAGUCAGAGUCCAAGAAAGGCGCUCACUUACGCAAGAGUCUGUCGCCCUCUUCAGCGCUCGACCCCGACAACGCAGUCCCGAGAAAAAGAGGCCGCCCCCCAAGUGCUCAGAAAAGUGACACCGGCGCCCCGCGUAAAAGAGGCCGCCCUAAGGGUUCGGGCAACAAAAAUAAAGGCGAAAAGCCGCUCGAAGGCGCACUCAACCAUUCUGAGGUGGAGCAGGAAGGAGAGCUGGUAGAGGAGAUGCAGCAUGACGGAGAAGUGGUGGAAGAGGAGGUGGAGCAGGAGGAGCAGGUAGAAGAGGAAGUCGAGCAAGAGGAAGAAGAGGUGGAGCAAGUCACGUCCAUCGAAAAUACUGAAGAGUCCCUCAUCGAUCAGGAUGCAAGCUAUGAAGGUUCAGACAAACGUAAUGAAGAUGGAUGUGUCUCCACCGUGCAAAAAUGAAGCCGAAAUAUCCCGGAUAUGGCCGCUGCCAACUUGCGCUGGUGACAUCAUUUUUUUUAAAAUUUUGUGUGCGUCCCCUUUUAUCAUUCUGUGUCCAGUCUGUAAAUUAAGACAUUUUCGCGAGACCGCAGAGCAGGCAGAGCUCGUCUCGAGUUAUUUUUUUCAAAGCAGAAUAAUUGAUGUCAGAGAUAAUGAGAUUGAGAUUUUUUUCUUUUUUACGGUUAAGAUUUACUAUUAAUGCACCUUUGUGUUCUGCUGCUCUGUCUGUGUCCAGAGCGCGCUCUGCUCUGCACUCCGAGAUCAUGGAUUAAUGCAUAAUUGAAUUGCGAAUAUACUCCCAACAGUGCUUUUAAUGAACGAUCCAGCUCCAAAAAUACAUAAUCAAUGUGUGGCAGCAGUUUUUUUGUUCGUGGCGGGCCACCACAAAUAAAUGGGACUCUGACUGUUGUUAAAGCUGUAAUUCGAUCGCUGCUCAAUUGGGAAAAAUUGCAUUGGUAAAAAAAAAAAAAAAAAGACUUUGAGCAAAUAGAUUUCUGCCAAAACUGAGUUACAAAAUAAAUGUAAGCAAUGCAAUUAAAUGAUUUACUGAUCAAAAUGUUGGUAAUUAUGAAAGGGUAACAUCCGACAGUUAUUUUGCUAAGAAGCUGAUGUGGAAAAUAACAUUUAUCAUGCUGUGCUGCAUUUCUUCACUGUGCAGAAAUGCCUUUUUUUUGGUGUAUUUCUGGACAACGUGGGUCAGCAAAGCCAUUUGGACGCUCCCUGGUUUAAACUGAUGUUUGUUUGCUUUUUUUAAAAAGAAUUUUCAGCUAUAUUAGCCAGUUUUAAAACAAUU